AUGAGAUCAAUAAAUAAUUCGAUAGAUACUCCCUCUAUAAAAGUUAAAUUUAAUCAAAAUGAUAAAGUUGAUGAAAUGAAAACCACAAAAACCAUGAAAAAAAAACAUGUUUAACCAGAAUUAUAAAUAGUUUGGGAAUUUUAUAUGUAUAUGAUCAUGUCUAUUUUGAUUGAGAUUAUCGUAUUAAUUUUUAACAACUAGACUUAAGUUCUCAAUAUGAUUAGAAUAAUAGUAUUUAUACUUAUUUUUAUGGGAUCACUCAUUUACAUAAAAAAAUUACAGUAAAAUUAAUUGUUGUGCUUGAUAUGUUUGAUUAAAAUAUUUUAGACUUCAACCAUUUACUUAAACGAUGAAGUUUAUUUAAUUGCUAUAAUCCCAUUUGCAUAUGAUUAAAUUGUUAACAACAAUAAAGUUGCAAUUAAAUUGAAAGUGCUUGAAAAAAUAUUAAUGAAAGUCAUAGUUGUAAGUUUAAUUUGCAUUUUUUCAAAAUAACCUAUAGCCAUAACAAUAAAUUUAUGUUUAGUGAUUUUAGAAAUCUAUAGAAAUCGUAUUAUUUUUACAAAAAAAGAGGAGAAAUAAUCUUUAAUUAAACAUUAAAUACCUCUUGAUUAUGAAUAAGUUUCUCAUAGUGUUACUUAGAGAGUAGAUAAUAAUUAAAGAGAAGAUGUAUGGAAGAAACGAUUUUAUUCGAUUCCUUUAUCAAUUUUAAUGAUCUCAAAAGAGACUUUAAAAAUUACUUAUAAAAAUCAGACUUUAUUUAAAUAAUUUUGUGAUAGUUUUAUUAAUGAAGAGGAAUUAGAAGAUCUUAUAUUAAAUAAAUUACAUUUUUCACUUUUAUCAGAUCAUUAAGAAUUUUUAUAAUUAUCUUCUACAAAUAUUAUUAAAUUAAAAUAAAAAAAAUCAAAUUCAUCAAAUAUUUUUAAUUAGAAAUCUUGUAUGACUUAAUUAAGUUCUUAUGAUUUAAUGUAAAAAAGAUCAUUGAUAGAAAUUUUGACUUCAAUCAAAAGCGAAACUUAUAAUUUAUAAAAAGACGUUAUUGAGUUAUUUUGUCAGUAAACUGAAAUAUCUGGUGCAAAAUAUUAAUUAGAAGCUAAAAUUAUUUUGUCUGAUAAAGAUGAUGAAUUUUUUGUAACAAUUAAUGACACAACAAAAUAAAAUGAAAUCCAGUAAUUCAUUGUAAAAGAAGAAUUUAAAAGCAAAGUAAAUUAUUUAUAUAUUUGAGAUUAUAGAAUCAUUUUCGCAUGAAUUAAGAACUCCAUUAAAUAGUGCUAUUAAUUUUUUAGAGGCUUCAAUAUCUGAUAGUACUAUAGAUGAUAAAUUGAAACUUUAAACUCUUGAACCAGCAGUCUAUUCAUUAAAAUUACAAUCAUAUUUAAUUAAUGAUAUCAUAGAUUAUUAAAAUUAUAAUGCAAAUCAAUUAGAACUAUAUGUAACUGAAUUUUCAGUAUAAGAUUUUCUAAGUGAAUUGACAUCCCUAUUUAGUAUUUAAUUUGAUAUGAAGAAGAUUGCUUUCAAUUUAAAUUUAAAAAAAAAUAGUUUACAAUAUUUUAGUACUGAUCAAACAAGACUAACUUAAAUAUUAGUUAAUCUUUUGUAAAAUUCACUUAAAUACACUUCGAGUGGUGUAAUACAACUAAAAUUUAGUAGUGUAUCAAAUGAUAUACUAAAAAUUGUUAUUCAAGAUUCUGGUAUAGGAAUAGCUCCUAAUGUUUUAGAAUAAGUUAGAGUUACUCUUAAAAAUGUUGAAGAAAGUAAGGAUUUUUAAACAUUUAAAGCAUGGAAAGGUUUUGGUUUAUUAAUAGUUGCUUUAUUGCAUUAAAGUCUAUGUCCUCCAACAUAUAAGUCAAUUUAAAUUGAAUCAACUGGAUUUAAUAAGGGUACUAAGAUUAAGUUUUAUAUAUUAAAUUUUAAUUACAGUUCGAAAUAAAAUACUAUUAAAUAAUCAUUCAGUGCAAAAAAUACACUAAGAUAAUCAUAAAGUGUUAAGAGAUCUUUAAAAUCCAAUUCUCUUAGUUAGAUAUUGCCAAUGAAUGGAACAAUUUAUUUAGCUUAAGAUAUUGCCUAGGUAAGUUAACAUAUGAAAAAAAGUGAAAGAUUUUUAAAUUCUGGUUCAAAUACUUUGGAUGAUUUUUCAGAAUUAUCAAGAAGUCCUAAAAUUUAAUUUUGUUCACCUGAUGCUAAUAUAUCUUAAUUAGUUUAAAUUUAACCAGUUUUGAUUACAGAUAUUAAAUCAAGUUAAAAGAUAUCAAUCAAAAAUAAAAAUCCUUUAUUUUAAUCAUAUAAAUCAUAAAAAUCAUAAUUGGUUAAUUUAAAUUAAUUUAGAAAAAUGGAAACAUAAUAUAGAGAAGAUAUAUUCAAAACUUUGGCAACAAAAAAGAAUAAAUGUAAUUGUAAUUUCAUUUUAUCAGUUGAUGAUGAAAUAUUUAAUUAAAAAUCAGUUGAAAGACUUUUAUAAUAAAUUGGAUUUGAUGUUAAAUUAGCAUUUAGUGGUGAUGAAGCAAUAAAUUUAAUUUUAAAUUUGAAACCUUGUAGUUUAGGUUGUAAUAUAUUAACCCUUAUUUUAAUGGAUUAUUAGAUGCCAAGAAAAGAUGGAAUAACAACAACAAAAGAAUUGAGAAAACUCAUGUCAGAUGGUUAGAUUCCUGAAAUUCCAAUAAUUGGUUUAACUGCCUUUACAGGUCAAUAAGAUAUUAGAAAUUGUUUAAUUGCAGGCAUGAGUGAUGUGUUAUCAAAACCUUUAAAAAUAUAGGAAUUAAAAGAUGUAUUAGCAUCUCUAUGA